AUGAAUGCGGUGCUCCAGUUGCUCCGGGCGAGCGACUGGCUCGUCCAGUACAUGCUCAACCUCCGACUGCCGUCGCGCGAGGACUCGCUCGUGCGCGAGUUGCAGCUCGUCCUCGCGCGCAUGGCGCUGAGCGGGCGCCCGCUCAGCGAGGCCAUCGACGCGAGCGCGCUCCGGCGCGCGUGCCCGGAGCCCUUCAACGGCGGCGACCAGCAGGACGCCAUGGAGUUCCUGCGCCGCGUGCUGGCGGACCUCGAGGCGGCGCGCGGCAACACCGCGCUGCCGUGCCUCGACGGCAAGCUCAAGGCGACGUCGCGCUGCCACGACUGCGGCCACGUUUCCCACUCCGAUCACCCGAUGGGCGGCCAGAUGCAGCUCAAGCCCACGGGCCCGGUCUGCGAGCUCCAGGAGCUCGUCGACGCGGCCAACCCCGAGGAGGUCUUCUCGGCGGCAACGGACAACGCGUACGCGUGUGACGCGUGCGACAAGCGCGUGACCGCCACGCGGACGUACUGCGUCGAGGAGGCGCCCAUGCUCCUGCUCAUCCACCUCGAGCGCUUCCAGCUGGACCAGGACACGGGGUGCACGCUCAAGCUCCGCACGCGCGUCGACGUGCCGCUCCGCCUCACGGUCGGCGGCGUCGACUACCGGCUCUACGCCCAGUACCUCCGCGACGAGCACGAGGCCGAGAAGGGCGUGCCCCUCUCCGACGAGUUCACGUUCGUCGACACGCUGUCGGUGACACCCGUCCAGAGGGACGCCAACAGCUGCGGGGUGUUCGUCGCGUUCUACGCGAACUACUUGUCCCUCGGCCUGCCGCUCAACUUCAGCCAGGCCGACAUCCCCCACUUGCGCCAGCGCAUGAUGAGCGACAUCCUCGACGGUAGUUUAGCUACGCCACGGCAAGCGUUGCACUACAACUACGCGCGGGCCGUGUCGCUGCUCCUCGCCGCGGGCGCGGCGCACGCCUUCGUCGUGGGCUAUCCGCCGCGCCUGCGCCACGCGCUCACGUACUGCCGGCGCGCGGACAUCGCCGAGAUGCUCCUCGACGCGGGCGCGGACAUCGAGCUCCGGGACGGCGGCUACACCCCUCUGGAGGUCUGCCUCUUCCUCGACAGACCGGCCAUUGCGCGCGUGCUCCUGAGCCGCGGCGCGGACGUCGACGCCGUCGACCUCGCGCGGCCGCGGUCGAUGCCAAUGCGGUGCUACCGGCUGCUCCGCGCCAUGCGCGCGGCCGGCAGCUGGCGGGCGUACGUCGACCUGCCCCGCCAGGAGCUCCUCGGCUUCCGCCGGCGCCUCCUGGCCUUCCGCCGCCUCCUGUUCCGCCGCGCGUUCCCGCCGACCCCCUCCCUGCACGAGCGCCUCUUCUUCGAGGUGCCCGAGGAUGGGCUCUCUGGCGAGCCCGGCGGAUAUUUGGUGAAAGGCGACGACGCGGAGGAGACGCGGACCUACGUCGUCGACGACGAGCCGCCGGCGCGCCCGCGGGCAAGCCCGCGCGCGGUCCCGAUCUACGGGCGCACGCGCUUCCUGCGGCUCCAGGCGCGCAGCCUCUGGCGCGCCGCGGACGGCAACCCGCUCCGGGUCCACCGCGUCCUCAUGGGCCCCGUCGAGGCCGUGGAGUGGUACCGGCCGCAGUUCCGCGCGGGCGUCGUCGCCGCGGCGUAUCUCGCCUACCCGGUCGUCGUCGACGUGCUCUCGCGCCUCCCGCCGCCGAACAGCGUCGAGGGCCAGUACUACUUCUCGCUCAUCUCCAUCGUCUACGCGACGCUGACCGCGGCGACGAUCACGGACGCGUCGACGCGCCUGUCGGCGCUCCGCGCGGCGGCCGUCGACGAGUCGUCCAUGCUUUUGCCCCUCGUGAAGCGCCUCGAGGCCGCGCGCCUCGACGGCGCCGUCUUCAAGUACGCCGCGGGCCGCCUCUGGGACCACGCGUCCCUGUUCAUCUCGUCGAGCCGCGCCUACGAGCUCGAGGCCAUCGGCGCCUGCGACGACGCGCUCGUCGAAGUCCUCGAGAUCCUCCUCGCCUACGACCAGGCGAACGACGACGUCGACCUCCGCGAUGCCAUGGCCUCGGCGGAGAAGCUCAUCGAGGCGCGCGGCCGCCGCCUGAGCCUCGAGAACUCCUCGGUCCCGCAGACGCAGUACGACGUGCUCAAGGCGCUCUCCGCCGCGCUCGUCCUCGCCUACGCGUACCUGACGCUAGACGCGGCCCCGGAGACGACGGCCUUCGGCUUCGAGGGCGGGGCCUUCGACGCGUCCAUCGGCGUCCGCGUGCUCUUCUCCUGCGUCGCCGGCGCGCUCGUCGUCUUCAAUUCGCUCUCCGAGGACCUCAACCGGCCCUUCGACGGCUCGUCCAAGCUCUCGAGCGAGACCGCCGCCUACGCGGAGCGCGAGCGCGUCGUCGCGCACGUCAACGGCGCCGCCGAGGAGCUCGGCGGCAAGUGGGUCUACAAGCUGGGAUUGCUCCAGGCCUACGCCCAAGAGCACGACGACGCGCGCGUGCCGUCGGCGCACGUGACCGCGUGCGGCGUCCGCCUGGGCCGCUGGCUCGGCGACCAGCGGCGCUUCGCGCGCACGGGGCGCCUCGAGCCGCGGCGGCGCGCCCAGCUCCUGGCGCUCGACGGCGGGAUCCUCCUGAGCGACAGCGAGCGGGCCUGGCGCGCGCAGUACGGGCGCCUCGCGGACUUCGUGCGCCGCGAGGGCCACGCGGACGUCCCUCGCAACGCGACGGAGCGCGGCGCGCGCCUCGGGCUCUGGCUGCUCGACCAGCGGAACAGGGCCGACGCGGGGUUGCUGGAUCCGGUCCACGCGGAGAAGCUCGACGGCCUCGGCGUGUCCUGGAGCACGCCGCGCGAGGCGCGGUGGGACGCGGCCUACGAGGCGCUCGGGCGCUACGCGGCCGCGCGCGGCGACUGCCGCGUGCCGGCGAACUUCACGACCUUCGACGGCCGCAAGCUCGGCCAGUGGGUCGUCAAGCAGCGAAGGUUGAAGCGCGCGGGGGCCCUCGCGGCGGACCGCGCGGCGCUCCUCGACGCGCUCGGCUUCGCCUGGGCGCCCAACGACCGCGGGGACGCCUACGCCGCGGCCCUCGCGGCCUUCGUCGCGCGCGAGGGCCACACGCGCGUGCCCCGGAAGCAUCGCGAGGCCGACCUCGGCCUCGGCGAGUGGCUCGCGAAGCAGCGGCGCAAGCCCGUCGAGGAGCGGCCGCCCGCGCUCCGACGGGUCCUCGAGGGCGCGGGCUGA